UAGGCGGUAACUGUUUAGGCAUUCAGCACCUCAUAGCUUUGCACUGUUGAUAGUAUAAUUCAUACCUCACGGCCUGCAGUUUCCUUUGCUGACUUCGCGUGGUCUUCAUUCUCUGUGCCCCUUACAACGUGUUGCUCUUACUUAUUACUUUACCUGACUGCUGAUGUUUUACGCCAAAUUGUGUUAAUCCUUAGGACCGUUUACUACCGAUACAUCGACCUCCAUCGCUCUCUUUAAAGGACACUUCCUCGUCACGAGGAAAUGGCUAGCAUCACAAACAGAGUCCUUAUCAUCGCUGCUUUGGUUCUUGCACUCAUCGGCUGGGUUGUUGCGCUAGCUGGAGUUGCAAGGGCAAAUGACUUGUGCAACGACGCAACAUACAACCACAGAACUACCCAUUGCUCGAAUGGCCUCCGCUAUGACUGGUGGGGAGUCUGGUUCACCUUCUUCCUGAUCAUCGUUAUCCUGGUCAUGGCGGUAAUGGGAAUCAUGGAUAGCUGGGUUAGCACCUUGCAGGCCUUUUGUGCAGCAUGUCUUUCCGUCACGAUGAUCGACGCAAGCAACUGGAUUGGCAUCGGCGAUGGGUCAUCUUCUGGCAGCGACUACAAGUCAGCAGCCGAUGCAGCGACCGCGGGCUUCAUCAUCUGCUCCAUAGCUCUAAUGCUGCUCAUCGUAUUCAUCGGUUUGGGUCCGGCGGGCGUGUGCGUCAAGAUCAACGUGUCGGGCGGCACCAAUAAGACUGCCCCGGAGAUCAAGACGCCCGCCGCGCCUGCAAAAGCAGCUGAAUGCGCCUGAUGGGGGGAGAAGGACGCGCUUCUUUGUUCCAGGUGCUGCGUACUACGAAGGUGCCAGUGGCUGUGGCCCCGGCCAGACAUGACGAGCAGCAGGCAGGUGGUCAGGCAGGGGUGGGGUGCAUGCAUGCAUGGUAUUUACAUACGAGAAGCAAUGUGUGGAUGGUGUGAAGUGAUGGGGCUCUUCCGCGACCUAAGAUGUGUUCAUGUGCUUUAGCCCCAUACACUGUGUAUGCCUUCCAAGCGGCAUGGGUUCUGUGUUCCGCUGUACGUAAGAGCGAGGUAACUGUACAUAUGGAUUCCUGCAAUGGUGAGGUUUGGCGAGUAGAGUCCGCUACACGACUGAGUGACCGUCUGAUGGAUGCCCGGGGGCCCUGAGAUGCCCCCCUGGAAAGGGCGAGUAAAGACUAAUAACAGGGCACUUAUCGACUUAUGUAUGGGCAUUGAUUAUACAUGUCCCUUUAGGCAGGGAGGUGUUUGUACGGCUUCUGCAUGCAGCAGGGUGAAACUUAAUGAUGCCCCACGUUUGUUUUGCUAUGAUUACCCCUUGCGACAGUUUGGGACAGAUUUCGACCUGCAGGUUAGAAGCAUGCGGUGAUUUUGAUUUGUCAUUCUUCUUAAGGCCCCCUUCAGCGUGGGUGUCGAGGCUGUGCGCAUGUGUGUCCCAGCGCUUGUGUAGCUCUAAUUCACCUGGAGGAGGCUGUGCAAGACAGCGCCCUUGUGUGCCGCCGAUGCAUGGCGUCCUUUCUCUACCGGUAUCUCUAGGUUACAUUUUUUAUCUUUCUUAUGACGUGGCGACGCACGGGUAUCGCGUUGCUGGCAUUGACACACUGGAGACGGAUGAGGCGCUGUCGUGGGAUGUGGUAGAGGUGAAGGCGUGCUUUUGCGGGAUGGAUUUUACAGGCUCGAUCAGUCCGUAGCACGGGAACAUAGGCGGUUACUUUGACAGCUGCC